AUGGCUUCUCGCAACAUUUUCGCUGCCACCCCGCCUAGCUCCAAACGCAAAACAGCCGAUUUUAAACUCGGCGAAGUGCUCGGGAAGUGUGCGCGGUGUGACAACGCCGAUGUCACGCGCUGCUCCGCGACUUUCGGCGGCUGCGAAAACUACAACAAGUUAACGGCAAAUAUGUAGAAUCUUUCGCUACGAACCAAUGGAUCGCCCUGUACAAUAUUUCCUUUCCAAAUACAACUGCCACAUGUGUUUCGACGUGUGCACCGGUAGUGCGAUAGUCAAGUACAUAGACAAGUAUAUAAACAAAGGUGCUAAUUUUAUUAAGGCGAAGAUUCUAUGUGACGGCGACGAGAUCGAGGCAUACCGCUCAGCUCGUUACAUAUCAGCUGCAGAGGCUGCGUGGCGGUUGCUGGGUUUCCAUGUCAUCGAACGUAACCCGUCCGUCAGUUCUCUCCGACUGCACCUUCCCAACGAACAGCAAAUUGUUGUAGACGAAUCUCUUUCACGCG